AUGGCAGAGCAAGUAGCCUGGAUUGGCCUGGGGAACAUGGGACGGGGGAUGAUAAAAAACCUCGUUGCCAAAUAUCCAUUCCAAACCCCUCUAAUAAUCUACAACAGAACACAGUCUCGCGCAACUGAGCUAGCUCCCACGCUGUCUAAGCCAGUCACCGUCGUGCCGACUAUCGCAGAAGCCGUCGCACCUUCAAGCAUCAUCUUCAUCUGUCUCUCAGACGACAACGCUGUCACUGAAGCACUUCAAACAGCCAUAAGCACUUGCGACAUAGCCGGAAAGCUAUUCGUAGACUGCUCGACGGUACACCCGGAUACUUCACGGAGUGAGGCAAAAUUGGUGGAGUUGCAUGGGGGCUCUUUCGUGACAUGUCCCGUUUUUGGAACCGCCCCCGUCGCUGACGCCGGACAGCUGGUAUGCGUGCUGGCUGGGAAGAGGGAUUUGGUGGAAAGGGUUAAGCCGUUCUGCGCGGGCGUUAUGGGCCGGAUAAAUUUGGACGUGUCAACUCCACCGACCGGUGCUGCUGGCAAUGAGGACGUCGUCGUGGACCCCGGACGCGCAAGCUUGCUUAAAAUCAUGGGUAACUCUCUGGGGUUGAACCUCGUGGAUGCAGUCGCUGAGGCAAUGACAGUAGCUGAGAAGUCUGGACUUGGUGUUGACACGCUGCAUAACUUUCUCGAGCUGAUGUAUCCGGGCAUUUUCACCUGCUGUGGGCAAUGGGAGUGCAAGAGCUCCGUCCAGGGUGACAGAACCGUCAGCCAAGCCGCCUAUUCUAUCCGAAGUGUUUUGUCUUGGGGGGGGGGGGGGGUCAUGGAUACGGUGAUAUAUGAGAAUGAAAGGAUACCACCCAUGGUCCCAGCCAUGUUCACCCUCACAAAAUCACUUUCACACGAGAAGCUUUGA